UCGUUUGGUACGGUACGUUACGAAUGGUUCAGAUGCACUCGAACGGUUGUUUUCCCAGGGCUGGUAAAGUACGCCCGUUCGAUUUCGGCGUGAUCCAAGGCGUUUGCUUCGUAUGCUGGAUGUAAUGUAGUCCACAUGCUGAAGGUUUUUUAUUUUGCAAAUUCAUGCAGGGUCGUUCGGGUGAUCUAUAGGUUUCGGAAUAAAAAUCGAGUUUUGCGCGUGCUGCGUGUCGGUGAACGAGUGGCCAUAAAUCUGCACUCGCUGUAGGUUUAGAGAUGCACAGUGCAUUUCGCGGAUAGAGUGAAGAACACUCUCCGGGCCCUAUUGUGACGGGCAGAAUAGUUUUUGUCACGUUUCCUUGAUUAGUUUUUGGUUGACAUUCGAAUCUACAUACGGGUGUGAUUUACGAUGUGAUUGGAAUGGAAUGUUAGAGGAGGCUUCAAAGCUAUCGAGUCAACUGCGAACUGGCGGUCAGCAGUGGUGGAAUUCGUUUAUGUUGUUUGGACCCAACGUACUAGAAAUUGUCCCUUUUUGCAACGAUGUCGCCGGUUCGAGUCCGAUGGGAAGUUUAUGUUUUCCAACCGAAUUGAUUAUUUUUAUUUUUGUUUUCCCCCCGGCGAAAAAGUAAAUAUGUGCUGGAAAGUCUGUAAUUGAUUUUACGACAAACAAACUCGAUAUAAUAGAUACGGAUUUUUUUAUUUGACUUCGAUGUAGUGAUUCAUUUCGAGUGCUGUCUGCAAACGAAGUCUCAACUUGUAGCGGAGUGUCGAUUUCGGAAGUCGCUUUGCGUGCCGCUAUUAAAACGAAUAGCGAAAGUUAUUCUUUGGAUCGUUGAAUCGUUGGUCAGCCAGUAACGGGUUCUGUACUCUGCUUCCCAAAGUACCGUGACGAUUUGGGUUGUGAAAGUUUGCAGUCAUGCCUAUUAAGGCAUAAAAGGAUUGAACCACAUAAUAACAAGGGUGGACUUGAAGGAAGAGGAGAAGAAGUCAAAAAAUGCCACAAAUUGUCCUUCGUUGUUUUUUUCCUGGCACAGUCAAGCACUGUCAGUUGAAGCAGAACUAGAUGAAAAAUUAGUUCUUAUUAGCAGUCAACUCGGGUUAGACCCAAAUUUACUAAAUGGUUCAUGAAGAGCUUGAGCAGUGCAGUGAACAGUGAAAUUCGUGAAUGACCUUACCAUUGUUUUCGGGACACUGACGCAAUUAAUCUUCCCAUGACUGGGUUAUUUUUUGCUCAAUUGAAUCGAGGUUAUAUGAGUGAAACGUUGAUAGUGCUGCGUGACGAAACUUAAGGGUGAAAAGGUUUUUUUACAUGGAGCGUACAACUGGAGAAGAUUUAGUGAGUUACAAUCAAGCGUAUAUUUUUUUACGGAGUAAGACCACAAAAAUAACUAAUUUUAUCGGUGUCGCAGUAGCUGUUACAACAAAAAGGUAAUUGUAGCACACGGAACAAUGCCUGAUGGCGAUGGACUAUUGAGUAAGAGCUCAAGUGCUGCUCGGUGAGCAGGCAGUCAUACGUUGCUUCCGGUUCCAGCUGGCAGGGCUGUCUGAAUGUAAAAUCUGCCCAUUGCUGCAGUUUUCCAGCCCCCGUCAGCAUCACGGCAGGAAAAAAAUUACAGGCUCGACCCAAAAAACAUCACUGGAACGAAGAGCAUUUCCUGUGUACCUCCAUCGGUUUCUUGUGUUUAAUCAACGAUUCUAAGCCGAACCCAUUCAAUACGUCAUUGCUUUUGGCUUAAAAUACUUCAAGCGAGUUCUUAGUCCAGCUGAGCAUCGUGAUUUGCUCACCGGCCACUUGCACCUGUAAUCUACACUCGUUGUGGGACCGUCGUGAAUCCGGCAUCCGGCAACGGACUCGCUUCGAUACGAAAAGCAGCCCGGCUAUCCAGUCACUCUUGAGAGAGCACACUCAUUGCGGUACAAUUGUUAGUAGCGCUGACGGCUUUCCAUUCGCUGCCAACAGCCAACUGAAGGAUGGUGCUAGUGCAGUGACCCCCUGGCAGCUUUAUGCCAAAUGGUAUGACCGGAAGUGUGCUCCUAUCAAACCGGUAAUUGUUUACGGCGGAAUCGGAGCGGAGCAAUCAGAGCCCGAGCAGCUCAACCGGUUUCCGAGUGGCGAGGAAUUGCGCUUGCCGUUUGCUGCUUGCUGCCAGAGCCCAGAAAAGCACUUUCGAACGGUUUUGCCCGGUGUGGCCAGUGCACAGCGUCGGUGCCGAUUUAAUUAACGAGAAAGCAUCCUCGAGCGCAGAGACGACUGGCUGUGAAACGAUAAAGAAUUAGAACGAAAAAUGGAUUCAUUUUGGACAAGUAGCGUAAUCUACUGCUGGAACUGCAAAGAAUGGCGAAGAUCAGUGCUUACAGGGUUACUCCUGCUGCUGACUCUGGCCUGCUCCUUCAGCCAGGCUCUCAAACAAUGUCCAUCCGAUUGCGAAUGCAGUCUGGACCAGAAGGGACUCUAUCAGACAGCGUGCAGCAAAGUUGAAUGGAAAGCCAUUCCGACGACGGAUUUCGACCGGGAGGUGGAGGUCAUUUUCAUCCGGGGCUCGAAAAAUGCCCUCACCAUCGGUCCCAUCUUUCAAACGUUCUCCCGGCUGGAGGUGCUGAGAAUCACCAAUGCGAACGUGCCCGCUAUCGGUAUGAACUCCUUCUGGGGUCUAGUCAGGCUGCGCUUGCUGGAUCUUUCACGAAACAACAUCACGCAGAUCAUCGUCGACAAUUUUCGCGGGCAAGACAAUCUGCUGGAGCUGGAUCUGUCGAAAAACCGAAUGGAGCGCAUUGCCAGCGGUACCUUCGGCCAUCUAAAGAGUCUCAAGUCACUGAACCUGGCAGACAACUCGAUAGACGAGCUGAACGCCCGUCUGUUUCUGCACUUGGCCAAGCUCAAAUAUCUGGACCUGAGCCGAAAUCCCAUCGACGAUCUGCCGCCGGAAGUGUUCAAAGAUGUCCAGGAAUUGAAGGUACUGAAGGUGAGAGGCUGUCAUCUGUUGAACGUUAACCCACAGGUUUACAAUAUGCUGCCACACCUUACCGAGCUAGAUUUGGGUCAAAACCAGUUCACCUACUUUGUGCGUACGGAAUUCAAGGACCUGAAGCGACUUCGAAUACUGCGACUCGACGGCAAUCAACUGUCAGCCGUUGUCGAUAAACUGUUCGAGUAUCAGAAGGGACUCAACUUUCUGGACCUUUCUCGCAACAGACUGGCAAAAAUAUCGGAAAAAGCUUUCGAGAAUUUAUCGAAUCUGACAUAUCUGGACGUCUCGUACAAUAAAUUAUCGCGUAUCGAACCGGAAUGCCUGGAGCCGGUAGCCGGUCUGCAGACGUUCAACAUCAGCGGAAACUUGCAGCUGGAUCUGAUGGAAGUGAAUCCAACCUUCCAGAUGAUCCCGAACGUCAGCACCCUGGCAGUGGCCGAUAUGGGACCGCUUCCGAUGAGACUCUUUGGACCCUUCAAACAGCUGCGGGCACUUAACCUGUCCGGUAACCACAUUGACAACAACACACUGCAAAUCAUUCUACCGUUGGCGCGCUUGCAGCUGCUGGAUCUCUCGCGCAACCAACUGUCCGGGAUUGAGGACCGCUACGCCACCCAGUUGUCCCACAUCGACGAUCUAAGGAUGGAUAAUAAUCCACUCAUAUGCGACCGGUGUCACAUGGGAGCGAUAAUCGAGAUGGCCGGUGAGCUACCCUGGAGGGAGAAACCGGAGUGCUUUCUACCGGAGCGGUUGCGAGGCAUCUCGAUCGAUGACCUGGAGCACUUUGCCAUCGAAGACUGCAUGGAGGUCAUUGUCGACGAGGACCACGACGCCGCCAGUACGUCGCACAAUUUUCUCGAACAAGCCGGAAGUGUCAGUUUGCUCGCUUUCUGCGGGUUAUUUGUGUUCGUUGUUCUGGCGAUAAUUGUCGUAUCGACGGCAAUCUGUCUUUCAAGACAUCGGGCAAGAUACUAUACCCACGAAGAGAAACGAGACUCCACUCUGGAGAAGAACGGAACCGAAACAUCACUACUAACCACGGGUAGCGAAAUUAAUUUCAAAUUCCCAUAUACCGAUCGAGUUUGCACGAUUGAUGAGAUGUGCAUCCCGCCGCCACCACCGCCACCUAGCAAGCCUUCGGGCAACGUCAUUGAACGGUUCGAUUAACGAACGGCGCACGGUGAUGGCCAGGAGAGUGCGACUGGCACUACGAGUGCUACCACCACACUCACGACCGUAGCCAUCAUCGGAGACGACUCCUCGUCAACCUCGGCUGUGGGUCUCGGUACACCCUCGAGCGCCAUCACUACCAGCAGUAGCUUGGGCAGCGGUAGUAGUACUUCCGGAGGGUCAGCAGCGCCUCCUCCACGUGGUAUUUUAAGGAACAAUAAAAAAAGGGAUGCGUUCUAGGAACGCAACCCUAAAACCUGAUGGCGACUCGGAGUCGCCUAAAAUAAGGCAUUAUGUGUCUGCGUGUGUGUAAAUAAACGAUCUGUGAGUUUGUAUUUAUUCGAUUAAGAUUCCACUGCCUUCCCCUAUUGUCCUGUCCCCCGUAGCCAUCCCACCCUAGUGAGUAAGCGUAGGCGUGGAUCCACUAGCAAGAUUACGAGAGAAUUACGACAAACUAAUCUUGACUAAUUGUAAUUAGCUAUUAAUGGCCGUUUAUCCGACGUGUAACAAAAGCACCGGUGACAAAUGAUUGCUUAAGCGAGACACAAACUGUAAAUAGAUCUACAAACAACCGAGAAAUGUGCCCCCACCCUUUCCUUACCUUUCCUUGUAGUGUCUUGUAGUAUCCCUCCUAGCACUUUUAUCCAGUUCUCUAUCGACUUACGAGUAGAAGAUUGUGGUGUUAUAAUGGAUGUAGAAAGCGUCGAAGGGUCGGUUAGUCACAUCGCAAGCUGGGGGAGCUUGCACUGCGUGGUGUGUUGAAUUAUGUCGCAGCCCAGCAUUGACAGGCAGGGAUCGAAUAGUAAAGUGUUUCCACGCGGUUCAGUUGACGCGAUUGUCUGAGAAAAAAAAAUUAUUUAUCUGCUAAGUUGGCUACCAAAUAAGUUUACAUUUUUCUUUAACCAAUAUUUUUCCCUAGGAAUAAUUAUAGAAAAAAUAAAACAAGUUCGUUAAUUAUCGUUGGAAAAAUUGUAUUCAAUUGUGGAUUAAAAAUUGUAAAAACACCAAAGAUUACAAGAAAUAUGUUUCAUUUUCUUCCGCAAAAUUCGCAAAUUUUUCUAGCCUUCAAUUCACGAUGUGUUCAACAAUUCUCAAAACAACAACUCGGAAAGCUAUUCCUGGGCAAACAUGUGUGGUAACCAGCAAAGAGUCAUAAAAAACUGCGAAAGUCGUGGAAUUUCACGGUUUUGAGCCUUUUGACACGGAAAAGCUCGAUAGCAGAGAAAAAAAAAACACGCUGAAUGUUCGAGAUUUAUACUAAGUGAGAAUAAUUAUAGAGAGGAAACCUUCUAGAUUCGAUAUCAGAGUAAACUCAGUUUGUUAAGAUUAAGAUUGCUCGUUCAAUAAAAAAAUACUUUUUAAAUAUAUCAAUAUAA